UUUGCUUGGCUGGUUUUUUGGAGGGUGUUCCUGGCCUCAGGGGCUUUGCAAAGUCCGGUUAAUUAUUAACAGGCAGCUCCUGCCCUUAGCUGGAGGUUACCAGCGCCGGGGACAAGGACGAUGCUGGGUUUCAGAGCAGGCAGAAGCUUUGUGGGAGCAGCUAUGUGACAUGUUUGAAGACGGUCGGAUGGUUUUUAUCCGUCCUUCGGAGUGGAAAAACCAGGCUCGAUAGGAGAUGGGAACACCUUUAAAACCCUCUCUGCUUCUCCUCCGCGCCUGAAACCGUAUUUCCUCCUGGUUUUUAGAGCAGCCAGGCCCCCCCCUUCCCGGCUGCAGAAACGCUCGUACCUUGGCACAACCAGUUGCGGGGUCCAUGCGAUGGCAGGCAACAUUUUGGGAGGAGGAAGGGGCCGGCUCAGGUGUGGCAUUAGGACCCAGCGGAGCCCCCAUGUUGGAGAGAGAGAAGAGACCAAGGCGGUGGGCAAGGGCAGAACCAGCACUAACACCCAGAGCGACUCCUCCGGCUGCAUCCCGGCCCGCGCUGCUCCUCGUCGCUGCCGUCAGGAUGAGAGCGGUGGGGCUCUUCUUGCUGUGUCUGCCAGCAGCGCUCCUGGUCCAGGGACAGUACAGCAGGUUUGAAGGCAUCACCUACCCCGAGCCGGUCCAAUAUUCCCAGUACGACCAGCAAUCAGAAAUUCAGGAUUACUACGACUAUCACGAUGUCACCCCCCGUGCCCCCGAGGAGCAGUUUCGGUACCAGUCCCAGCAGCAAUCCCAGCAGGAAAUCGUGCCAGCCCCAACCCCAGCUGCUGCCCCCGAGACCGAGCCCACGGAGCCAGGACCCCUCGACUGCCGGGAGGAGCAAUACCCCUGCACCAGGCUCUACUCCGUGCACAAGCCCUGCAAGCAGUGCCUGAACGAGAUCUGCUUUUACAGCCUCCGCCGGGUUUACGUGAUCAACAAGGAGAUCUGCGUCCGCACCGUGUGCGCCCACGAAGAGCUGCUGCGAGCCGAUCUCUGCCGCGACAAGUUUUCCAAGUGCGGGGUGAUGGCCACCAGCGGGCUCUGCCAAACCGUGGUCGCAUCCUGCGCCCGCAGCUGCGGCGGGUGCUGAGCUCCAGGGGACCCCCCCUUUGCCGGCCGCAUCCCGGGAUGCCAACCCCUUCCCAUCCUCCUCUCUGCCCGUCCCGCUCCGGAUCCUCACCGUGGUGCUAAAGAAACCGUGCAUGAAAGGAAAAAAAAAGUCCAGUUUUUUUUUUUUUUAAAGGUUUUUUUUUGUGCACAUAAUAAUUAAAAAAGGGGAGGGGGUAUUAUUUUUAUUACUUUCCUUAUUAUAUUGUAAAGGGGGAGCGGUGCGAGCCCCCGCCGCCCCGUUUUCUACGUAGAGUAUCCAAGAGAUAAAGCGUAAGGGUC